GUCAUCGUCGAGUUUUCAAACAAAGCGAUAUUCAGGAAUACACGUUUUUAUUUCUUUCUUUCGACGCGAAGUUCUCGUCUCGCUGCGCUACUCAGUUCAGACAUGGCUGAACACAACGAUGCACCGCUUUGUGGUGGCGUAUCGGCGGAGCUGCAAGGCGCUGAUUUGGAGCAGGCCGUGGAGCUAUUGAAUAGCUCGCUGGCCAAAGUGGCUGCCACUGGCGAUAAGCCCAGUUUCAAGGUUGUUAAGGUCAAAUCGGUGACAUCCCAAGUGGUUGCCGGCAGACUUUAUCAUUACAAGCUGCAGCUGGCCCAGGGCGAUGACAUUAAGGAGAGCUAUGUUAAGAUCUGGACGCAGCCCUGGCUGCCGGAGAAUAGCAUCAAUAUAACCAUCAAGUGCGAGGGCGAUGACAACGUGAUUGAAAGCACCUUUUAAAAUUUUAACCAACUGCUGCAUGUUAAAUACACAUUAAGAUUUAAUAUCGUUUUUAAUUAUUUGUAUUCAAAUAAAAAAAUAAUCC